UUUCAUUUCAUUUCAUUUUUUUUUUUGUUUAAAUAGGUCUCCAAAAACAAUAAAUUCUCGCCAAAUGCUUCUCAAAAAUCACAUCCCCAAAUCAAAUCUCCACCUAUUACGCCGCCGAGAAACCACAAUCGGACGGCCACACACGACGAUGAUGACGUCAUCGCUCUCCUCCGGGUCCCCUGCUGCGGCGGCGCCGCCGCAGAGGUCGUCGAUCCCGGGCGGGUACGGGUGGCCGGUGAUCGGGCCGCUGUCGGACCGGCUGCAGUACUUCUGGUUCCAGGGUCCGGCGAAGUUCUUCGAGAGGCGGAUCGAGAAGUACGGGAGCACGGUGUUCCGGACAAACGUUCCGCCGGCGUUCCCGCUGUUCACCGGCGUGAACCCAAACGUGGUGGCGGUGCUGGACGUGCGGUCGUUCGGGCACCUUUUUGAUAUGGAGCUGGUGGAGAAGACCGACGUGCUGGUCGGCGAGUUCAUGCCCAGCCUCAAGUUCACCGGCGGACUCAGGGUCUGCGCCUACCUCGACACGGCGGAGGCCAAACACGCACAGAUCAAGAGCUUCGCCCUGGACAUCCUCAAACGCAGCUCCUCCAAGUGGGUCCCAUCCAUGAUAACCUCCCUCGACGCCAUGUGGACCGAAAUCGACUCGAAACUCGCCAGCUCAGGUCCCGUCGGCACUCUCGGCUACUUCAUCCCUCUCCAACAGUUCCUCUUCUCCUUCCUCACCCGAUGCCUCCUCGACGCCGACCCCACUUCUGUCCCGGAAAUCCAAAAAUCCGGCCACAUAAUGCUCGACAAGUGGCUCGCCCUCCAACUCCUCCCCACAAUCAGCAUCAACAUCUUGCAGCCACUCGAAGAAAUCUUCCUCCACUCCUUCACCUACCCUUUCUGGCUCGUCAAAUCCGACUAUCACAAGCUAUCGGGCUUCGUCAGGUCCGAGGCCCGCGAAACAGUUUCGCGGGCCCAAACCGAAUUCGGUCUAACCGAAGACGAGGCCGUCCACAACCUACUCUUUAUCUUGGGCUUCAACGCUUUCGGGGGCUUCUCGAUUUUCCUCCCGACUCUUUUGUCCAAUCUCGGUGCGCAAAAAAACGCGCACGACGAGCUGCGGAAGGAGGUUCGGGAGAAGCUUUCGAGUGGAAAAAAAACGCUCGGUUUCGAGACGGUGAAGGAGAUGGACUUGAUAAACUCGUUCGUUUACGAGACUUUGCGUUUGAGCCCGCCCGUCCCGUCGCAGUUCGCGCGGGCCCGGAAAGAUUUCGACCUGAGUUCGCACGAUAAGGUUUACGGGAUAAAGAAAGGGGAGCUUUUGUGCGGUUAUCAGCCGGUCGUGAUGAAGGAUCCAAGAGUGUUUGAAAAUCCCGAGACGUUUGUAUUUGACAGGUUUAGCAAGAGGAAUGGAGGUGAUGAGUUGUUGAAGUAUCUGUUCUGGUCGAACGGGCCGCAAAGCGGGUCGGGCGGCCCGAGUGUUUCGAACAAGCAGUGUGCUGCUGCGGAGGCGGUGCCGAUGACGGCGGCUGUUUUUCUGGCGUAUUUGUUUCAGAGGUAUGAUGACAUCACCAUUUCGUCGGGAUCGAUUACUUCGCUCGAGAAGGCCAAGUGAUUUGUGUGUUUAAGGUGUGUUUGUGUUGUUCUGGUGUU